CAGGUUGCUGACUUAGGAUGUAGUGAAUGUUCUCUUCUUCACAGACUGAGAUUUUGGAACUGCAUCGAGUUUCUAGUUGGUGUGGACAUUGAUGAAGAGACGUUAAGAAGAAAAAUGCAUACUCUUACCCCUCUUCCUACCCAUUACCUGGAACCCAUGGAAAGAGCAUUAACUGUUAUACUAUACAAGGGCUCUGUGUGUGAGAAGGACCCUGCUCUUCUUGGGUUUGACCUGAUAUCAUGCGUUGAGCUGAUUGAACAUUUGGAACUUGAUGACCUAGAUAAACUAGAAGAUGCCCUGUUUGGCUUUAUGGCCCCUAAAGCAGUAGUGAUUACCACACCUAAUGCAGAGUUUAAUAUCCUGCUUCCCAAAACUCAAAAGUUCAGGCACCCAGAUCACAAGUUUGAGUGGAGCAGAGAAGAAUUCCAGAGCUGGGCUUUCAAAGUUGCCAGGCACUUUAAUUAUACAGUAGAGUUUAGUGGGGUUGGGAAACCACCACCAGAACAUGAAGAGGUGGGCUUUUGCUCCCAGAUUGCUCUAUUUAUGAAGAACUACACUGAGAGUGAAGAAUCGAUCAAUAUUAAAAAGCAAUACAAAAGUAUUUACAAAACAGUACUCCAUGUGGUAUAUCCAAGUCUCCAGGAGGAGAAAUAUCUUCGAAGAGCUGUACUAAAUGUGGCUCUGUUACAUGCCGACCGCAUGAAAAACAGCUUACUAGAUUCUCACAGGAACAGAGAAGAAAAUAAGCAAGAUAUAGCAACUGGUGUGACUGACCACAGAGAUGCCUAUAAAUAUUCAGGAUGGUCUUUCGGUUUAGAGACUGAAACACAAAGUGAGGAGAAUGAACUUACACAACCAUUUAUCCAAGGGAACACCAUUCAUAUUCCCCUGGAAGCAAUCUUCAUCAUCUCAAAGGUCAAAAAAUUGUGUGGGAGUUUAGAUGUUCUAAGAAAUUUUAUUGCAGGAGAAGUCCCUCUUAGUGAAGAUGGUAAAACAAUAAUGUAUUCUGUUAAUUUGGAUGAUGUGCAGGAAGUUUAA